UACAAAUGUUUCACAAUAUUUGAACCUUCAAAAUAAAAUACGAUUGAUGGCGGAGGUGCACAUAAUUGGCCAAAUACUUAAAGCUGUUGAUUUCGUCGAACCACAUUUGUACUGCAAGUGGAUUUUGCAGAGCGGCAACGCCUGGCGUUUGGUUCAAGGCGAGGCUCAGGGACAAACGCCCGUUUCGUCACAUCGCCUGGAAACCUGCGCCGACUUCUCGCAACCCCUGGACGUGCAUUUGAGCGCAGCAGCUGUGCAGGGUUGGCCGCGUCUCCUUGUCGAGGUGUACGCCGUUAACGUCUUGGAACAAAGUUGGCCUGUGGGCUACGGUUUCGUUCACGUACCGACACAACCGGGCUCCCAUCGCCUAGAGAUCAAUACGUGGAAGGUGGCGCCGGCCGGCUGGUGGAAUUGCAUAAAAGAGCGUUUUGGGGGCGGUGGCGCAGCUUUAAGUAAAACCGAUUUGUUAUAUUCAGGUGUGGAUCGCUACAAAUUGCAAACUCGCAGCUCCGGCAAAGUGAUCGUAGAUCUGAAUUUAGUAUUUCGCAAAUUUGAAGAAUACGGCGUAGAGUUCAAUUAGCUAUGGCUACGGGUAGGUUUCUUAUCUACCUCAGCCUACUGGUGGGC